AUGUCGUCGCUUUCGUCCUCGGCGGCGCUGUAUUCGUCGGCGCCGCUGAAGCGCGUCGACGCGCUUCAGUUCGGCGUAUUUUCCUCUGAACAGAUUCGCAAGAUGUCGGUCUGCGAGGUGACCACGUCUGAGUUAUACGAGAACGGGAUGCCGAAGCCGAACGGGCUGAACGACUUACGGCUGGGGACGCUCGACUACCGCCUGCAGUGUCGCACGUGCAACAUGGACGUGAAGAACUGCCCGGGUCACUUCGGGCACCUGAACCUCGUGAAGCCGGUUUACCACUACGGGUUCCUGGGCGCGGUGCUGCGCGUCCUCCGCUGCGUGUGCUACGCGUGCGGCAAGCUGCUCGUCGACCGGCGCGACCCCAAGAUUCAGCACCUCGUGAAGAUUCGCUCGCCCUGCCGGCGGCUGAAGCACGUCCUCGACGCCUGCGCCGGCCGCAAGCGCUGCGAGGGGUACAUGCCUCUCCCAGCGGACGGCGCCGCGCCGCCAGCCGAGGGCGGCGAGGGCGGCUGCGGCUGCGUGCAGCCCCGCUACUUCAAAGAGGGUCCCAACAUCGUGGUGCUGUUCCCCGAGAGCCGCGACGAGGGCGACGAGGACGCGCCUGAAGACGUCCGCCGCAUCUUCGCGGCGGAGGAGGCGUACGCCGUGCUGCGGCGCAUCUCUGAGGAAGACCUCAAGACGAUGGGGUUCGAUCCGGAGCGCGCGCAUCCCGCCUCGUUCAUCCUCUCCACGCUCCCUGUCCCGCCGCUGGCUGUGCGGCCCUCCGUUCAGUACGGGAGCGCCCGCAGCGAAGACGACUUGACGCUCAAACUCGUCGACAUCGUGAAAACCAACCUUUCGCUCAAGCGACAGGGCGACAGCGUGCCCAGUGCCGUCCUCCAAGAGAUGGUCAUGCUGCUGCAGUACCACGUGACUACGCUCUUCGACAACGACAUCCCUGGCAUGCCCGUGGCGACCACUCGCGGGAAAAAACCCAUCAAGUCCAUUCGCACGCGACUGAAGGGCAAGGAAGGCCGCCUUCGCGGAAACCUCAUGGGCAAGCGCGUAGAUUUCUCCGCGCGCACCGUCAUCACAGGAGACCCCAUGCUGCCGAUCGACACGGUCGGCGUGCCCAAGAGCAUUGCGAUGACGCUGACCUACCCCGAGUUCGUCACGCCACUCAACAUCAACCAGCUGCGGCAGCUGGUCAAGACUGGACCCUUCGACUGGCCCGGCGCGAAAUACGUCAUCCGCGACGACGGCAGUCGGUUCGAUCUCCGGCACGCUAAGAAGGGCGGUGAAGUUGUCUUGGAAGUUGGGUACCGUGUCGAGAGGCACAUGCGUGACGGCGACUUUGUGCUGUUUAAUCGACAGCCAUCGCUUCACAAAAUGUCUAUAAUGGGUCACCAAGUCAAGAUCCUUCCCUACUCGACUUUCCGCCUCAACCUGUCGGUCACGUCGCCCUACAACGCCGAUUUCGAUGGAGAUGAAAUGAACUUGCAUUUGGCGCAGAGCGAAGAAACACGCGCAGAGAUCAAACAUCUGAUGAAAGUCCCGAAACAAAUCGUCUCGCCGCAGGGAAACAAACCCGUCAUGGGUAUCGUGCAGGACUCGCUGUUGGCGGUGAGCAAGUUCACGCGCCGCGACACGUUUUUGACGAAGCCGAUGGUGUUCAACUUGCUGCUGCAGAUUCCGUACUGGAGCGGCGUGGUGCCGCCGCCUGCGAUUUUUCAUCCCGUCCCGCUGUGGACGGGGAAGCAGCUUUUUUCGCUGUUGCUGUUUUUCGACUCCGCCGGCACGGGUGGCAGUACCAAGUCGCGGAUCAACAUGCAGCGCGACGUCGGGGCGGGCCUUGUCGACCGGAAGAAGGAGAAUCUGUUCAUCAGCGAGCGCGACGAGCGCGUAGUAAUCCGCCAGGGCGAGUUGCUGGCGGGUAAGAUCUGCAAGAAGAUCGUCGGCUCAGCGAGCGGCUCGCUGAUUCACCUGCUCUGGCUCGAGGCCGGACCCGAGCGCACCAAGGACUUCCUCUCGACGCUGCAGAAGCUGACGAACUACUGGCUGCUUCACCAGGGCUUCACUGUCGGCUGCAAAGACAUCAUCGCGAACGAAGAGACCAACGAAAAAGUGCGCGACAUCCUCGACCAAGCCAAGAAGGAAGUCGACAAACUCACGCGCCUCGCCCACCGCGGUCGCCUCGAGUCGCAACCCGGUAAAAGCCUGCGCGAGAGCUUCGAGGCCCGCGUCAACAAAGAGCUCAACAGCGCCCGCGAACGCAGUGGAAAAGUCGCCGCAGAAAGCCUCGACGAAUCCAACAACAUCAUGGCUAUGGUGUUGGCUGGCUCGAAGGGAAGCACGAUUAACAUCUCGCAGAUUAUGGCCUGCGUCGGUCAGCAGAACGUCGAGGGCAAGCGAAUUCCCUUCGGGUUCAACGAGCGCUCCCUGCCGCAUUUCCACAAGUUCGACUACUCGCCGCCCAGUCGCGGCUUUGUCGAAAACAGCUACCUUUCGGGCUUGGAGCCUCACGAGCUCUUCUUCCACGCCAUGGGUGGUCGCGAAGGUAUUAUCGACACGGCCUGCAAGACUUCAGAGACCGGGUACAUUCAGCGUCGUCUGAUGAAGGCGAUGGAGGACGUGAUGGUCUACUACGACCGCACAGUGCGCAACUCGAUUUGCGAGGUGCUUCAGUUUUUGUAUGGAGAGGACGGCAUGAGCGGCGAGUACGUGGAGGAUCAGACGGUAGAGUUGAUGACUCUGGACAACGAGAAGCUGAAGCGGCUCUUCCGCCACGACGUCGACCAGGAGAGCUACGGGAAGGGGUGGCUGUCGGAUGACAUGCGCAACGAGAUUUUGACAGACUUUGAGCUGCAGCAACCGCUCGAGGAGGAGUUCGAGGCGAUCCGCGAAGACAAAAACCGCCUCUGCAGGCACAUCUUCAAGGACGGCGAGACCAAGCAGCACAUUCCCAUCAACAUCUUGCGCCUGCUCGAGUUCGCCAAAGCGCAGUUCCCGGGCGGAGAUCAGUUCCGCAGGCAGAACCCGAUCGAAAUCGCCCGGAAAGUGAACGAGCUGCUCAACGACAAACUCGUCGUCGUCAAGCAAACGACCAAGGCGGAUGCAAUCUCCGCAGAAGUCCAAGAGAACGCCACUAUCUUCAUGAAGGCUCACCUCCGCACCGUCCUCAACUCCAGACGCCUCCUCGAACGCGAGCGCGUCGGGCCUAAGGCCCUGCAGUGGCUGCUUGGAGAAGUCGAACGCCAGUUUCACCGCGCCCUGGCGCACGCGGGCGAGUGCGUGGGCGCGAUUGCGGCGCAGUCGAUUGGAGAGCCGGCAACGCAGAUGACGCUGAACACUUUUCACUUUGCUGGUGUCGGAAGCAAAAACGUCACGCUCGGUGUGCCGCGCCUCAAGGAGCUGAUCAACGUCGCGAAGCAAGUCAAGACGCCCUCGCUGACAGUCUACCUGCAGGAUGAAAUCGCGAUGGAUCAAGAGCGAGCCAAGGACGUUCAGACGCACUUGGAGCACACGACGCUGGACCGCGUGACGGUGAUGUCGCAAGUGAUUUACGACCCCGAUCCGACCGACACGAUUAUCCCGCAAGACAGGCAGUGGGUUCGCGACUACUACGAGUUCCCUGACGACGACGAGUUGCCGAACAAUCUGGGUCGGUGGCUGCUGCGCGUGCAGAUGGCGAGCAAGGUGAUGAUUGACAAGAAGCUCACGAUGAAGGAGAUUGGCGAGAAGAUCUACGCUGAGUUCCCCAACGAGGAGCUGGACUGCAUCUGGACCGACGACAACAGCGACGACUUGGUUUUGCGCAUUCGCAUCAAACACCAGCCGGGCAUGGGCGAGGGCGGCGAGGAGGAGAAGGACGAAGACGACGUCUCGGAGGCAGAGGACCGCUUCCUGCAGAAACUCAUGAUGCAGUGCCUCGCCGGCAUCACCCUCCGAGGCAUCACAAACAUCUCCAAGGUGUAUAUGCGCGAGGAGGCCAGAACUGUCUACAACGCUCAGCUCGGCAAGUUCGAGCGAACGAACAACUGGGUGCUUGACACGGACGGCUGCAACUUGGAAGACGUGCUUCCGAUUCCGAUGGUCGACAACACGCGGACGACUUCGAACGACAUGACCGAGAUCUUCCACGUGUUGGGCAUCGAAGCAGUCCGCCGGGCGCUGCUGCGCGAGCUGCGCGCGGUUAUUUCUUUCGACGGCAGCUACGUGAAUUAUCGACACCUGGCGAUUCUCUGCGACACGAUGACGCAGAAGGGCUACCUGAUGAGCAUCACGCGCCACGGCAUCAACCGCAUCGACAAAGGGCCGCUGAUGAAGUGUAGCUUCGAGGAGACAGUCGAGAUCCUCAUGGAGGCCGCAGUCUUUGCGGAAACAGAUCACCUGAAGGGCGUCACGGAGAACAUCAUGGUCGGGCAGCUCUGUCCGCUGGGAACGGGUUACUUUGACGUCUUGAUUGACGAGGAGAAGCUGAAGGACGCCUCGCACAACCUCGAUGGAGUCGGUCUCGUCGGCGGAGACUUGGACGGCUUCCUGGGCGCGUCGCCGGCGGGCGCGGCGUCUGAUCCACACCUGAUCACGCCGGAUGGGUCCUUCACGCCUUCGCCGCACCAGCUGAACUCGGUCUUCUCGCCGAUGCCCUUCUCCACGGUAUACACGUCCUUCGCGACGAGCCCGACGAACCCGCUGUCUCCGACCGCGCUCGGCGGCUCCAACGCCGCGGGCGUCGACACGCAGCAGCUCGGCGGGAAGUUCUCCCCUACGCAGCAGACGCCGCGGUCGCCGACCUCGCCCAUGUCGCCGCUGACCUGCUUCUCGCCCCGAGACCCGCACAGUCCGCUGUCUCCAGGCGCAGGCCCACCGGGCGGCGUCUUCUCGCCGACCUCGCCGAUCCUCGGCAGCGCCCUGGAGACCUCCUCGCUGUCCUACUCACCCUCCUCGCCGCAGUCUGCGUACUUCCAGGGCGACGGCAGCUCGAGCAGCGUGGACAUGGUGAUAUCUCCCGGCGGCGUCGACUCAGACGGCAGCCGUGUCCGCGGCGGCUCGUCGUACUCGCCGACGUCGCCGACCCUGUCGCCGUCGUAUUCGCCCUCCUCGCCGCCGAGCUACUCGCCGACUUCGCCCGCGUACUCGCCCACGUCGGCCGUCAUGAGCGUCACGUCGCCUGUCGACAAGGGCGGGCGCGUCAUGAGUCCCUUCUCCCCGGGCAACAACCCCAUGUCGCCGCACUUCUCCGCGUCCUCGCCCUCCUACUCGCCUACCUCCCCCGUCCAGCAAAGCAACCCGACGUCGCCCACGUCGCCCUAUUCGCCCGCGUACUCGCCGACCUCCCCGAGAUACUCGCCGACCUCCCCCAUGUACUCCCCGACCUUCGCCCCCUACUCCCCGCAAAGCCCCAGCUACGGCGGCGCCCCGGGACAGGGACCUCUUUCGCCGAGCUUCAACGUCCAGUCUCCUCGGUAUUCGCCGUCGUCUCCUGCCGCGUACUCGCCGACGUCGCCGAUGCCAAAUGUGAACACGUCGCCCUCGUACGAUGACGCACACGCAGGAGGCGGCGGAACCUACUCCCCAACUUCGCCGAUGUAUGAGGCAAAUGAUCCCUUCUCGCCGGAUCCGUUUGCCGCAGAGGUGGUUGACGAGGUGGGCGACGAGGCGGCGCUUGACAGCCCCACAGGCGAUGGCAACCCCGUGAAUGAAGGCGACGGCGCACAAGCCUAG